AUGACUCCUCCAGCCAAAAACAAUGACUUUGCCGGCAUAGGCGCAUGGGCCACCCUUCCGAAGGGUGGUCCUUCCCCAACCCUGAGCGUCGGCAGUUUGACUUCUGCCUCAUCCACCAGCUCGGGCGGCAAGUCUCAGCAAGGGUCCUUCCCCCAUGCUCGAAGCCUACGAAAAUUCGCCCACUACCUCGCUGUCGUGGUCGCACCUGAAGGUCACCGCUAA